GCGUUAACGUUUAAUGGCCCUGCGCCGAGCUUUGAACUGCCGGGGGAAGUGUAAAGUUAAUAAAUUCUCUCAGGUUUGCCCCUCAGCAGGUUUUAGGGGUUUGUAGGCAGGAGAGGGGCUGAUGAACAGAGGGGGUCCUGAGUCUUUAACGGCUCCCAUCCAGCUUUCUUCCCUCAUCUUGGCGGAGGACCGCCUCGGCUUCAGCUGCUCUGCUGGAGACCCUGAAGCAGACAAUAAGGGCUGCACCUGCCGGAAGGCUGCUGACAGAGGACCGCCGCCACCUGCAGGAGAACCAGCUCCAGCCUCACAAAACAAUGAAUCUGGAUAUGUCUGGACACAUGCUGCUGUCCACCCUCUGCCUCCUCGUCCUGCCAUCUUCCUCGACUCCCCACCACGAGUCAGAUGAUUCCAAGCUUCUCCAGGUAACCAUCCCAACCACUGCGCCAGUGACGGCAGUGCUGGGGGGGUCGCUGACUUUGGCCUGCCUGGUGUCGCUGGCCCACCCGCCGCCAUCACCUUCCACCAACGGGCGCCACGCCGUGCUGUCUGUGCCCCGGGUCAAAUGGAGCGUCCUCAGCGACGGCCAGGAGACGGAGAUCCUGGUGGCCCGCGGCGACAGGAUCAGAGUCAGCGAGGGCUACGGCGGCAGAGCCUCGCUGCUGAACUACGCCUACUCCCCCGCAGACCUCACGCUGCGCCUGGAGGACCUGAGGCAGAGCGACGCCGGCUUCUACCGCUGCGAGGUGCAGCAGGGCCUGGAGGACGCCGACGACGUGGUCCAAGUCAAGGUCAAGGGUGUGGUGUUUCAUUAUCGUGACGCAGCCAGCCGCUACGCCUUUACCUUCGAGCGCGCCGCAGCGGCCUGCGAGGAGAUCGGCGCUGAAAUCGCCUCGCCGGAGCAGCUCGUGGCAGCCUAUCACAGCGGAUACGAGCAGUGCGACGCGGGAUGGCUCUCAGACCGAUCUGUCAGAUAUCCCAUUCAGAUGCCCAGGGAGGGGUGCUUUGGAGGCAUGGACGGUGAGCCGGGAGUUAGGAACUACGGACUGUUGGAGCAUGAUGAGCUCUAUGACGUCUACUGCUAUGUGGAGAAUAUUCAGGGUGAGGUGUUCCAUGGCUCCGCCCCUCAGCGCUUCACCUUCUCAGAAGCUAAGGCCUACUGUGUGAGUCACGGUGCGGAGCUGGCCACCACGGCUCAGCUUUACGCCGCCUGGAACGACGGACUGAACCACUGCAGCCCGGGAUGGCUGGCCGAUGGCAGCGUGCGGUACCCCAUCGUCACCCCUAGUGAGCGCUGUGGAGGAGGCGAACCUGGCGUGAAAACCAUCUAUCGAUACAGCAACCAGACCGGCUUCCCUGAUACUCUCACUCAACACGACGUCUAUUGCUUUAAAAGUGAUAAUGGCCCUUAUACUGAAUCCCCUCCUGACGUCUUUGCCACUGAGCCAGAGGACAUUGGCCAAGACAUCGUCUACCAGACCACUCAGGAGGACGCCAGCCUGAGUGAAACGACACCAGAGGGGAGAGGAGAGAUGCAACAUGCCCAAACAACACAUCCGGUUAAGCAGGUCGGUGAAAUUCCCUCGCAGACUUUGACUCCCCCGUCUGAUCACCAGGAGAGCUGGGAGCUGAUAAAGAAGGAGAGAUACCCUGAUUCCCAUCACCCAGCACCUGACGAAGUCCCAAACAAACAUCAUGAAGAGUUUCAUGUAUUCCCAACAUCUUCUCUGAGGUUUGAUGGCGUAACCAAAGAGAAACCCGCCACCGCCGCAGCUUUUAUCACGGCGUCAGGGAGUAUUGUGCCUACAGAGGGUCCGUUCUCUGAGGCCGUGAGCUCGGACUGGUCGACGGUUAAUGUCACAACUGAUGGGGAUUUGGAGAAAGUCCAUCAUGAGGAGAGGGAUCUUCUAGUGUCGGAAGAGGACAAUUCAACAGACGUCCCUUCGAAACAUGUCUCUGUAACUGAAGCUUCAGUGAUUCCCGAGGAAGACGUAAGGAUUCCAGCUGUCACAACUUCAUCCCACCCUGAGGAAGUGCAUGGAGCCUCUCUGUCCAACACAUCUGAGAGUCCAGCAGAAGAGUUGUCCGGGGAGGGGACCUCUGCUGGUCUGGAGGAGGAAACACAAGACACCGUGACUCCUGGUUUGAUGGGACCGGACACUUUGUCCACUUCUGUAGUGGUCCGCACUUCUGACUCAGGUCAUGAACUCCCUCAGGAGCGCUCCGCUGUGCCGACAGAACCAGCUCUCCAAUUCAAUACCAGCGCUGAGGAGGUGAAAAGCACUUCAAACGCCACAGAACCUGAUAAUUCAACAGAGCAGAGCGGACACACACACCCGGCAGAGGUCCCCAACGUGGAAGUUCCUCUAGUCCCAGACGAGACGUUCUCCAGCGUUGAUGGUGUGGUCGUAAUAAACCCAGUGACUCUGCCUGCAUCUCCAGUCUCUGUAACACAAGGUCCCCUUUCUGUGGAGGUGGGAGUCAGCCCCGCUGUAACCCUUCAUCCAGAAAGUCCUGCUCCUUCUGAGGCAGAACCUCUGGAGGAGCUUCAGGAUAAAACCGAUCAGGGCGCGUUAGAGGAGAACUCGGAGGUCUUCCUCAACACAGUUCCCAACCUCCCAGACGACAGUCCAGACGAGACGGAGACCGACGCCACAGAGGGACCGGAUGAAUCUUCAGGAGAAGCCCCAGAGAUAAAUCCAGAUCUCAUCGUCACAAACCCAACUCUGUCGGAGGACCACGCCGCUGGCAGCGAUGCUCCUCCACUAUCGGAGAUAAAAAUCACACUGAUUCCUCAUCUGAGCUUCACGACCAGGUGGGAGCCAGAACCUUCGACCCCGACAGCCCAGGAGUCUCGAUCUGAUCGGGAGUACAGCGCAGAGUCCCCCGUCAACGAGACGGCCGCUGAGGAGCACCAGUUUACAGGAACCCUCAGCAGAAAUCUUGCAGGGCAAAGUUUAGAGGGAAGCGCUUCGGAGCCCGUCACAGAUGAGCCCUCGGUUCAUAUCUGCACAUGGCGUCCAGAAGAAGAGGACGCUUCCCCUGCAGCGCCCACUGUGGACGUGGACGUGACCGUUGCUGCUCCCCCUUCAGAUCCUGAGGGUUUCAAAGCCCAUGAACUGGAGCAGACAGCCAUGGGUCCGGCUCUGCCUGCAGCCAAAGUUCCUGCUGCAAGCCAAGGAGACUCCUGCCUGGAGAAUCCGUGUCUGAAUGGGGGAACUUGUGUCGAUGGUGAAUCGAUACGCUGCGUUUGUCUGCCUGGUUAUGGAGGACAUUUGUGUCAAAGAGAUGUGGAGGAGUGUGAGCCGGGCUGGGAGAAGUUUCAGGGCUUCUGUUAUCGUCACUUCAGCAAGCGGCAAAGCUGGGAAGCAGCCGAGCAGCACUGCCGCAUGUGUGGUGGACAUCUGCUUUCUGUCAUGACUCCCGAGGAGCAAAAUCACAUCAACGAUAAAUACAGAGAAUAUCAGUGGAUUGGACUGAAUGACAGAACCAUUGAAGGAGACUUCCGCUGGUCAGAUGGAAACCCUCUGCUCUUUGAGAACUGGUACAAAAACCAACCUGACAGCUACUUCCUGUCUGGAGAGGACUGUGCGGUGAUGGUUUGGCACGACGGCGGUCGCUGGAGCGAUGUGCCGUGCAACUACCACCUGUCCUACACCUGCAAGAAGGGCGUCUCGUCGUGUGGCGAGCCGCCGCGGGUGCCACACGCUCUGGUGUUCGGGAAGAAGCGCUCACGUUACGAGACCAACAGCAGGGUGCGGUACUACUGUGAGGAGGGUUUUACACAGAAGCUCAAUCCUGUUAUCACGUGUCUGCAUGGGGGUCUCUGGGAAACGCCUCAGAUCACCUGCAUGCCAACUCUAGCUCAUAAAUUGGAGGAGGGUUCUCUGACUUCCCAGCCGGAGCAGUACGAGGAGGUCGAGGGUGCGGCUGCAGAGAAAGUGGCACCACUGUACUGGGACAUCAAGUGGAACAUUUAAAGGCAUCUUGUCCUAUAAAGGAAAAAAAAAACAUCUUCCCCUGAUUUUAUUACUCAAGGACUGUCCCAUAGAAUUAUCACAUUAUGGUUGACUGUGUCAGAUAAAGAAUCUCAGCUAAAAACAUCCAAAUAUAUGUCUUAAUGUACUGCAAAGAGUAAAGCUUGUUAAAACAACAUAAUUGCACUCUCUUCCUUAAAAAACAACCUUAACCUGCUACUUAAAUUCGACAUUUAGAAAAAAAAAAACUCCCAUUAAAGAAUCCGAGCUAAAGGAAAUUAUGCAUACUGCAACACAUUACAGGAAAAGUUGAUUUUGAUGCUCACCAUCUCUUUGGAUUAAAUAAACACGGCAGCAAAAUGUUUGCAAGAUGUUUUUUUUUAUGUAGAAAUACGUUUUUAUGUAGAAAAUCACAGCUGUGACAACCAUAGGAAAAAUCAAUCAACAGUUUUCUUGGAUGGAUUCUUGGAUAGUUAUCCAAAAUGCAUAUGACAAAAAAACGAAAACGAAAAAUCACAUUAUUGGUUUACAUUAUCAGUGAUACUGGAGCUGGAUAUAGUCGUUUUGGAUGAAACAAAAAAAAUACAAAUAUAGAUCCAAAGGUCACAUUAACUAAUUUGUUAUCAUGUGCAUUUCAUUUUUAAGCAUUUGUUAUACAACAAACUGUCGUGUUUUUUGCACAUUUUGAACUUUCUCUGAGAAUCAGCUGCUAUGACGUCCACUAAAGCCCUGACUGAUAACCAGUUAAUACUUCCCAUGACUUGUUGGGUGUGUUUUUUGGAAUUCAUGAUAGUUUUUGUUCAAUAAUGUGUCAAACAAGCCUCAGAACAGCAGUUUGAGAUUAAGUAACAAACAGAUGAACUGCUUACUACUUAGGUGGGGGAGUGGCAGCCCAGUGGUCAGAGCAUCUUGGAAAUGCAGCAAGUUCCCAGGUUUAAAUCACAGACUGCCACUCUGGCUCUCUAGACAAGACCCUUAGCCCCAGAAUGCUCCCCGGGCUCUGCAGAGCGCCACCCCACUGCACCCUGAGCCAUGGAUUAAAUUACACAUUUCAGUGGAAUGCAAUAAAAUGACACAUUUUAUGACAAAUAAAAGAUGAUUAUUAUCAUAAUUGGUGACUUAUGAAGGCAAUUGGUUGCUUUGGAUUUAAUUUAGCAGCACUGGAAUCCUGGAGGCUCAAAAGAUGCACACUACACUUUUCCCAUUUUUAUUUGUGAGAAUUAUUAUUUUUAAAUUGUUACUUUUCUCCAACUGCGCAACUAAACACUGCUUUAUAUUGCUCUAUCAGUCUAAACCCAGUAAAAAACAUUGUUGUUGUUGCUUUACUUCCUGAUACAAAGGCAAAUGUAAGCAUUCAUUUCAAUAACUUUGACAUUUAUGUGAACAAACUCAAUCAUAUUUUAAAAUCGAUUUCAUUGGUAACAGGUCUAUUAUCCGUUAAAGGUUUUUGCCUUUUGCUGCAGUGUUGGUGUGCACCCAUAUGUCUCAAGUUAAAACUGAGUAAAUCACACCUCUUUGGUAAGAGCAGGGUAGAGUUGAAAGGGUCAAACCUCGGUUUAGCAGUAUAAUGUCAGAGGAUUUUUUCCUCGUAAUGAAACAAUCUGAAUUACCAGAAUUUGUGUGACAUGCAGUUUUCUUAUCCAGCCAUGCAAUAUGAUAUAACCCACAUCUCUUCUAGCAUUCCCCCUGUAGUUUUGUGUGGGCCCUGCUUAUUUUUCUUCCAAAGGAAUGGGAUGCUUGUGUUUAAUUUUAUGCUGAGGAUUUAGAUAGCACAAACAAGCUUCUAUUUUAGUUUCUUUUUUUUUCAGAAGAACUGCUGCACAGUAAAGCUGGUGUGAGUUAUCUUCUUGUCUAGAUGACAGACGGUAUUCUGACUAAUGUUUGCUUUGUGUUUGGUCUUGCUAACAUGGUUCAGAUCCAGAAAUCUGGUCUCAGUACCAGAUUAAAUUCACAAGGUGAAAUCUAUGCUGGUUAUUACAACUGAAGUGAAUUAUUGCCUCAACAAAACAUUUUUUCUGCUGCAGAGGAUAAUGGAUAGACUGGUGACAAAUGUAGAGGAUUUAACAAAUCAAUCAUCGUUCAACCUUUGUUUUAUCAUAGGAGAAAAAAAUAUAACGUUUGGCCUUUGGAUGAAAGGACCAACAUUGAUAUGAAUGAAACCCAGCUCAGACAGUACUGAGCUUGAUUGUUCUGGUGAUGCUUUGCAGAACUUUGACUCUGCUUGUCUUCUGGUGCUUCAUUAUCAGGUGUCUUUCAGACUUUGUAUCAUCUUCUCUUAACCUUCCACCCUGCUGUCUCUGUUCAGCCUUCAUGUGCUUCUUUCUUUGCAUACAGUGUUAUAAAAACUGUUAAACCUCUUUGGCUCUGCAGCGUUCUGCCUAAAAUGGGACAACUUUUCUUCAAUGUGAAAAAGCACACGUUCUGUAACUGAUGGAAAUAUAGCUCACAUAAUUAUUUUCUACUUUUUAGACAGAUACUGUAACACGACAGCAACAACAAAGCUCCUGUUUAUUGUUUGUUUAAUUAAUGAAGGAAAAAUGGGUUCUUUAUAAAGGCAAUAAAAAGGUAAAAUGUAAUUUUUUAACAUAGCCGGAAUUUAUACUGUUAAGUGCUGUCAGUUGAUUUUAACUGUAUAAAAAUGAUUAAAACUGCUGUGAAGAAAUAAAUAUGUGGCCCCUGUUUACUAACAACAAAUGAGGACUUUAUUUGUUUCCCACACAUGAAAAACAUACAAUGAGAUGAAAUUGUGUUGCCCUCAAAUGAACGAUAUGAAUCUACUUUCAACGUCUGCUCACCAGCCUGUGUUCAGUCUCCAUGGUAACCAGCUCAAACCUGAUUGUGUUUUUGCAGAUGAAACAUUAAUUUGAUAUUAUUUUCUCUACAAAGUCGUGAAACCGUUUUGGAUAAAGGGCUUCUAGCUUUUCUAGGACAAGCUUUGGUUGAUUGUUGUGUUUAUUAGUGUUUAAAUAGUUCAUGAUGAUGAGUUGAUUUAUUAAAUGAUGCUAAAUGUCAAAGCCUAUGGGGGCUGCAUUUUCACAUCUCUGUGAAGAGGACAAAAGCCAGAUUGAAAAAUGAAUGAAGCAGUCAGACUUAAUGCAAAAAUGUUUAGUUUAAGGGAUGAACAGGAUGCAUUGUUUUCUUAUGUGUAAAAUAAACCACUGAGUAACCAAACAUCAUGCUUUAAUAUUAAUGAACUUUAUACGAUAGAACAAAAAAGAAAGUAUGGAGAUCUUUAGGAAGUUAAAGAUCCAAACAGCAUUUAUCUGUAUUUUCCAAAAAUAUUCCAUGGUCACAUGGUUUGAUCCAAUCACCUUGAAGAAUGUUGCCACCAGAUGAUGCCAGUCAACCAUCUGUGACACGCCGGGCGUUUAUACUGUGACCUACUUUACUGGUAAUGACACUCAGAUCGAGUUAUUAAUCUGUUUUUUAUGUCACUUUUAAAUAAAACUAUUGAGGGACUCUGUGUGUGCUUUAAUAUACGCUGCAUAGGCAGCCUUACCACAAAUGCAUGAACCUGCCUAGACUAACCCAAGGGUUCAUAAUGAAUCAGAGAGAUAAGCUGAAUUUCGUCUCGUGACUAAAUAUAUACUUUGUAGUAAGAGGCCUAAAUGCUGUACCUCUUAGUAUUAUAUGGUAAGAAGGUCACCGAUUUAAAUUUCAGGGGCUACUGUCUCUCUCUAUGGCGUUUCCAUGAUUUUCCCUAAAGGCAUGGGUUUUCCUUAAAGGUUACACAGUAACUAUAGUUAACUUGCAAGCAUCCAUAUCAGUCCUAAACUGUCUUUAGGAUUGAGUAGUUUGUCUCCUGUGUCUCUGCCUGCAGACCCCUCCAACCCUGAACAGAACUAAGAGAAUACAAAAAAUGUAUAAACACAUCUUUAACAAGGUUAUAAUUGACUAAAUAAAAUGUUUUAUGUUUCAAAUGUG